CUGGUGUUUAAUGGUCUAAGUUUAAUGGUAAAGUUAGAACUUGGUAGUAAAUGAUCUAUAUCUCUGGCAUCAUGUAUGACCUUUACACAACUAAAUUUACUUUGCUAUUUCAACAGUGGCCUACAUAUGAGUUAAACGAAGUAUAUCUCUUAGUCUUUAACCUUGUGCUGUAAUGUACCGAACUGUGGCCAAACAAGUAAGACCAUCCCUGCGUUUCAAUAAUUAAUAUUGUCGGCGCUGACUAAAUUAUUGAAAUAUGCGCGUUAAUUAGCGGAGGACGUCGGGAAGGAAAAAAAAAAUAUCCUGGGUUCGACCAAUGGGAGAACGCGAUUCCCUCAUCCCCUGCCGAGUUUCAGCCAAUCAGAGCGUCGCUUCCUCCAUUUCCUGUUGUGGACUCGGAGUUGGACGGGGUAUUCCUCUGGUCCAGAAUGUGGAUUAAUUUUUCUCCGUGUGCGUAAAUGACUUCAUUUGUUUUUUAUCGGCAGAGGGAGUGUUGCUCGUGAAGGAGCCCCACGCCAUCGGCCUGGGAGAUGGCAGGUAUCGGCUGUUGCACCUGAUGCCAUGACGCGUCUGUUGAUAUUCCCUUGACAACCGCGGAUCGGAUAGCGACGUUCAGAGGCCACCAUGCCUAUCACGCUGCUGUGGGCCGUGGACGUCUACGGCCGAGUGUACAGCCUCUCCACGGCCGGCCAGCGGUGGGAGCGCGCCGACGACAUGCUGCUGGAGCUGAAGCGCAUCUCGGCGGGGAAGGGGCGCUGCUGGGGCGUCGGCUGCGACCACCAUAUUUACCUAAAUAUGAUGCCCAGCGAGACCCCCAUCCGCUACCGGGAGGAGACCUACGAAAACCAGAGGUGGAACCCAGUGGACGGCUUCACCGACACGCUGCUGCCCACCGACCGCUGGCCGUGGAGCGACGUGACCGGGAUGAAUCCUCAACCGCUCCACAGCUUCCAGCUGCCCUCCCGCAGCUGGGAGUGGGAAGGAGACUGGUAUGUGGAUCAGAGCUGUGGAGGAGAACCCAGCCAGACGGGGGGUUGGGAGUACGCCGUUGAUUUCCCAGCCAACUUCUCCCCCGACAAGAAGUGGAACUCGUGCGUCCGGCGUAGACGAUGGAUCCGCUACAGACGAUACACGGCACAAGGUUCUUGGGCGAAGAUCCCUUUGGACAAUCCCAGGAAGCCCCCGCUGCCGCUCUGCGACAUCAGCUGUGGUGGCUGGGAGAUGAGCGACCAGUCUGGAAGAUAUCCCUACCUCUGGGGCGUGUCCCAACAAGGACAGGUGUGGUUCAGGGAGGGCAUCCACCCUCGCGUCCCAGAGGGCUCCGGCUGGGAGGAGGUAGAAGUGCCCAAGGAGGUGGCUCAGUUAUCAGCUGGACCCGGGGACCUGCUGUGGGCUUUACUGUGGGAUGGGAACCUGCUUGUCCGUACUGGCCUUACCCUGGACAGCCCGACUGGCACAACGUGGAUGGAGGUGGAAUCACCGGGAAAGAAGGAGGUUGAAGCGCUCCACGUGGCCGUCGGGGUCAGCGUGGUCUGGGUGGUCACCAAGGACUACAAGGUGUGGUUCAGGCGCGGUGUGAACUCCCACAACCCCUGUGGCUCGGGCUGGAUCAGCAUAGGAGGGGAGAUGAUGAUGGUGGACGUGGGACUCAAUGACCAGGUGUGGGCCGUUGGUGAGGACCGCGGCCUGUACUUCAGAAUGGGUGUGACGCCCUCUGAACCGAGCGGAAACGGCUGGAUCCCUGUUUCCGCCCAGUGGGGGAAUAACAAGAAGGUUAUCCCACCCAGGGAUGAGUGUGAGUUUAGCGGUCAGCUGACUGAGGCCUCGCAAGGCUCGGUUCUGAGCUGCACCGACUCCGACUCAGAGUUGGGUGCUGCCGACCCCCAGAGCAGCACCACCGACACCCCGGUCCUAGAGGUACGAGCUCCCUCCGUCGAGACGCCCACGCCUCCCCAGAAUGCGGAAGACGCCCCCUCGGCUCCCCAACAGGACGCCCCUAAGACCUUCAUCCCCGCCAGCGACAGCUUCAUCAACAGCUUGGUGUCGGACCGCGACAGAACCUCCACGCCGCAGCCGUCCAUCGCAGAGCUGCCGCAGGAGGAGGCGGAGGAGCCGCAGCCGGCCCCGGUGCUCCCGACGCCCGAGGCCUUGGGACACGACGUCCCCUGGAUGAACGUCGACCUGGAGGGCGCGGAAGCAGCUCGGGGCGCGCGGGCGGGAGGGCCUUCCCCCGACGACCGGGGAGCGGCUGCCACCUACGCCCUGGCGACGCUGGAGGGCUCCCAAGGCGUCGGGGAAGAGGACGUGCCCGUGUGGACUUGGAUUUCCGGAGGAGGUUGCGACGUGGAUGGAAGCACGCAGAUCAGCUGGCUCAGUCCCACAGGUCCCCUCACCAGCUCCCUGUCCCUGACUCCCGUCCAGUCGGCCGCCUGGAGCGAGCAGCCGCAGCAGCAGGAGCCCAGAGACGAGAUCAGCAAGAAACCGCUGGAGAGAAGCAACUCGGUGUGGGUGCGUAAAGGUACGUUGCGCUGGUGGAGAGACUGGAAGCCGCAGCGCUGGGUGGACGUGGGCGUCGCUCUGGAGCAGUCCACCAGGUCUGACGGCAGGAAGGACAGCAUUUUCUUCGUCUAUUACACGCAGUAUGACGAGAAAAAGUACCUUCACGUGUUCAUUAACGAAGUGACGGCGCUGGUUCCGGUGCUCAGGGACUGCCACUACGCCUUUGCCGUGUACACAACCGAAAGGACCAAAGAGAGGUGGCCUCUGGUCCUGGCGGCGCAAACUGAAAAGGACAUGAACGACUGGCUGUGCCUGUUGUCUGACUGUUGCUGUGAGUGUCGAGGGAUCACGGGUCCCCCGUCCAGACAGGCCCUGUGGUCCACCACGUCCAAGGGAGACAUCAUGGUCCACGAGCCGUCCUUCUCUCUGGAGGCCUCCGCGAACGCCAUGGCCUGUGACCUCAUGUUUUGGCGCCAGGUCCCCGGCCACCUGCGCUGUGUAGAGUCUAACAGUCUGGGGCUGGUGUGGGGCAUCGGGUGGGACGGCGCCGCCUGGGUCUACAGUGGGCGUUACGGGCAGCAACCCAACCCGGGAGAUGCCGUUCAGUCGCAUCAGCAGACAGACGUCAGGAGCAUACACGUGUAUGAGAAUCAAAGAUGGAACCCUAUGACCGGAUACACGGACAAAGGACUCCCCACAGACCGUCCUAUGUGGAGUGACGAGAGCGGACUGAAGGAGUGCACCAAAGGCAACACGCAGCCACCCUCCCCCCAGUGGUCCUGGGUGUCAGAGUGGGCCGUGGACUUCAACGUACCCGGAGGAGCUGACAAAGAGGGCUGGCAGUACGCCGCAGACUUCCCCACGACAUUUCACGGCCACAAAACCAUGAAAGACUUUGUGAGGCGGAGGAGAUGGACGAGGAAGUGUAAGAUCACGGUGAGAGGUCCGUGGCUCCAGGUCCCGCCCAUCUGCCUGAGCGACAUCUCUCUGAUGCCGUGUCUGGCCCAGAGCAAGAUGGAGCAGGUUCCCGUCUGGGCCCUCAGUGACAAGGGAGACGUCCUGUGUCGCCUGGGAGUCAGCCCACAAAACCCCGCGGGCAGCUCGUGGCUCCACGUAGGCACAGACCAGCCCUUUAAGUCCAUAUCCAUCGGUGGAGCCAAUCAGGUUUGGGCUAUUGCCAGGGACGGAGCGGUGUUCUACAGAGGAUCAGUGUCCCCACAAAACCCUGCAGGAGAAUGCUGGUACCACAUCCCCUCCCCCCCAAAACAAACGCUUCGACAACUGUCCGUGGGCCGGACGUCUGUAUUCGCUGUGGAUGAAAACGGAAACCUGUGGUACAGACAAGGCCUCACCCCCAGCUACCCUCAGGGCUCCUCCUGGGAGCUCAUCUCGAACAACGUCACCAAGGUUUCCGUGGGGCCCCUGGACCAGGUGUGGAUCGUAGCAGAUGGAGUUCCAGGUUUCCCUGCUGAGACUCCCGGAGCUGUCUGCCACAGGCUGGGCGUGGGACCCAUGCAGCCCAGGGGACAGUCCUGGGACUAUGGUAUAGGGGGAGGAUGGGAGCACAUCAGCGUGAGGGGGCACUCCACCGAGGCGCCCCGCGGCCCCCACCCCGCCCCCUCCGGGCCCUCGCGCAGCCCCGUACCCGCACGGCCUCAGACCCAAGUGAACGGGACCGCCGUGUGUGUGUAGCGUCCUCCCGUCUCCUCCUCCUCCUCCUCCUCCUCCUCCUCCAGCCCUCCUCGUGCCUGGAUCUCCUCUGUACAUUCGUCUCCUUCGACCAUUCCCAAAUGGCUCUUAUCCCUUGGCGUUAAAGGGAAUGCACAAUCACGCCACUGAGUCUAGACACUGUGUUCAGGGUGGUUGUGACACUUGUUCGAUGGAUGAAUGUUACUCCUCGGUUUCUUCCCCGGGGCAGAACUCACGGCAGUAUUCAAAACUGAAAAACAGGAGCAAGAUAGAAAGGAUAGAUCUCGAUGGCACAUAAAAAAAAAAAAAAAAAAAAAGA